AUGGAUGAAUUACGAUAUUUUUCAGACGGCACUUGCACCAUCGACCCGUCUUGUCCGUGCUACCUGUCCAGCUCCUCACUGAUUAACUCCAACCGGUGCCCCGACCUGACGUGGCGCUUCAACCCGCAGACGUUUACUUGCUACAAGGUCUUCGAAGGCGGCGAGAAGUGUCUGAGUUGGGCGGAAGCGCAGACGGUUUGCCUUAACGAGAAGUCCAAGCUGGUCGACACUUCUAGCGGAGUCGUGAAGGAAAUUGUCAACACAAUCAUGGCCUGGGACGGCAAAUGCAAGAAGGAGACCGACUUCACGCCCGGCAAGUGCAAGACCGGCUUCGGCUGGGCGGCUGAUGGCAUUUCGGUGAACGGGCGCACGGAGUGCGGAAAAAUUGACCGCUUCACAAAGUACGACCAGGCGUGCAAGAUGCACUUUGCCAUCUGCUCGAUGCCGGCCGACGCGAAUGCCAAUUGCGAAAAAGAGGAAAAGUGU